CAGUAAGGAAAACCGUACUUUCGUUUUCGCAUUUUCUGAAAAAGGUCGACUUGGCAAUAGCCUAUUGAUAAAGUAACAUGAACCUUCGCUGAAAUGGCGGAUGGAUUUGGUAGAGAUGAGAAUUAUAGGCCACGGCGUCCAAUACGAGCUGGAUUGCCUCUCCGACGGAAUGACGACGGCGGCGAUGCGUGGGAUGACGAAGCUGACCUAGAGAGACGCGUGGGAGGGGGACGAGGCGGAGGUGGACGGGGCGGGGGGAGAGGUCAAGGCCGUGGCCGGGGCCGCGGUGGAGGGGCGCCCCGCAGACAACAACUUGACAAGAGGUUCCUGGACAGGCUGGCGGGCCGGGAGCCGGCGGAUAUACUUCAAACAAUUUCUAACCCACAGACGGAACUUAGAGACACCCUGGCUCGCAGUGCCACCGACGACACUUUGAUCCCCCUAUUGUUGAGGGUUCUUGCAAAGGCGUUCACGUGUAACUCGCAACCGGAGUGCCUUAACAGGGUCCUCAUUAUCAUCAAAGAGGCAAAAUUCUUCGACACAGUGGUGUCCUACUUUAUGGACAUGCAGGGCGAGGAAAGGCCGCACAAACAGCAGGAGUUCCGACGGCCGCUUCGGGACAUGGUCACCGUCAUGUCGGAGUUCGCUGAGAAAAACCCGUCAUCUAUUACGGAGAUUGUAGGGCUUCACACUGUGCUGCAAAUGGUCAUAGAUGGAUUGCGCGCUACUACUGGCGUCAUUGAUGACGACAUUCUAGAAAACUUCCGGUUACUGACAGAAACAAAGGAGAAAAUUCUGCGAAAACGGACCGCUAAAAAGCGGACGGUGACAGAGGAGCGGCAGCGGCAGAUAGAGGAUACGGGUGAGGAACCACCAAACGACUUCCGCGAAAUUGAGAUAUUUCCCCAGACCGCCGAUAUGCAGGAUGACGAUGAUCGAUAUUUGCGAGCCAACAAAGUACGUGGUCGGUACCGCGACGUAGACCACUAUCUUGAUGUCCAAUUCCGAUUACUCCGAGAGGACUUCAUCGCCCCAUUACGUGAAGGGGUAAGCGAGUAUAUCCAAGCCAUGAACGAGAGGGGUAGACAGAGGAAGGGUAAGCGCAAUGUGACGAUCUAUCACAAUGUCAGUAUUAUCUCCCCUGAAUGUGGAGACAACGGUUUAUGUCACGUGAUUCGAUUUGACGUCAGCAGAAUGGGUCACGUGCGUUGGCAGUCUUCGAAGCGCCUGAUUUUUGGAUCUCUGCUUAGCUUGUCAUCCGACAACUUCAGGACGUUCGUCUUUGCAACGGUGAUGAAUCGAGACCCGAAAUCGCUUGUCAAAGGAAUUGUCACUGUUCGCUUUGAAUGCAAACAAGCAGAAACUAGAGCUUUGUUUGGACAAUUGUUUACAAUGGCAGAGACCACAGCUUACUUCGAAUCAUACAAACAUGUUUUGAAAGGUUUGCAGAACAUGCGAGAAACGGAGUUGCCAUUUCAAAGAUACAUUGUUGAAUGUGAACGCCAUGUGCAGCCACCUGCUUAUCUUCGGAGGCGAGAAAACACAUGCUUUGAUCUUCGCCCUCUGGUUGAUGAAGGAAUCAUUCUGAAAGACAACAGCCAGUUGGAAAACAUACUUGCUGAUGGCGACGAAGACGAGGAGCCAAUCACAUACACGUUCAGUGAGCAUUCACAAGAAGCUGAAGAUGUGAAAGUUCUUGAUAGAAACAGUUGGCCACCAGCUGAUCUCCUUCACCUGGACGAGUCUCAGUUUAAAGCCAUCCAUACAGCCUUGACACAGGAAUUUGUGAUCACACAGGGGCCACCCGGAACUGGCAAGACCUAUAUUGGCCUCAAGAUUGUGAAGGCUCUUCUGCACAAUAAAGAUGCCUGGACUCGGAAUCCUGACACUGGUUUGAAAGACAAUAGACCCAUGUUGAUUGUAUGUUACACAAACCACGCGCUUGAUCAGUUUCUCGAAGGCAUUAUUUCAUUUUACAAAGGAGACGUUGUUCGAGUGGGUUCCAGAAGCAACAGCGAAGUGCUCAAGCCUUACAACCUCCACAACUUUCGACAGAGAUUUCGACAUGAGAAAAAAAUCCCAGUUCAGAUUUUCAAAGGACGCCGUGAGGCCAAGUAUGAAAUGGACUCUGUUACCACACAAAUAAGGCAAGUCAGUGCGCAGCUCCAGAUUUCCACAACCAACAUUAUGAACGAAGAUUUCUUGCGGCCAUACAUGGGAGAAGACCAUUAUCAUUUACUGACAAUAGGAUUUGAAAUGAUCCUUCAGGUUUAUCCCGAAGCAAGACAAGUCUUUCGACAAGGCCAUUCUAUCAUUGUCGAAUGGCUAGGAAUUGGCAAUCUCGCACCAAUUGUAGAAAUGGAGGCUAAUGUUGCAGCAGGGGAUAUGGUCUUUGACAAUAAUUUCGAGGACGGAAAUGACCUGAUUGAAGCUGAAGAUGAGCUUGAUGCUAUUCAAGCGCAGCGACAAUUGGAUGAUAGAGAUGAAGACGAUGAAGGUGAAGACGGUGAUGAUGAAAUCGAUAGAAUGAUAAACGAGUUUAGGGAUUCUGCCCUUACUGGUAAAAAUUUGGUUGAACUUAAAGUGAAGGUUGCUGCAACAGCGCAUCAGAAAUCAGUUGCACUGGAUGUAAAUGCCCUCGAUGAAAAGCCACAGAACACACAAGAAGGUGAAUGGAAGACCCAGAAGAAAGAGAGAAAGAAACAAAAGAGAAAACUGCAGAUGAAUCUGUCAAAAAACGAAGUCAUGUCAGAAGAGGACCUUGCUGCUGUCACGGACAUUUGGCAUAUUUCCACAGAGGACAAAUGGAAACUGUACAGACUUUGGAUCAAGAAGUAUCAAGACCACCAGCUUGAGAAAAUUAAGGAGAAAGAAGAAGAGUUUGAUGCUGCAGCUGCAAGGUAUAAAGAGGCACUCAUGCAGGAAGACAAGGAGAUUAUGCGACACUCAACAAUUAUAGGUAUGACCACAACUGGAGCAGCUAGAUAUCAGCUAGUCUUACAGGAAAUUCGAUCUCGAAUCGUUGUUGUUGAAGAAGCCGCGGAAGUUCUAGAAGCGCACAUCAUUACAACACUGAGCAGAGGCUGUGAACACUUGAUCUUGAUUGGUGACCACAAACAGCUAAAACCAAACCCGACAGUUUACAAAUUGGCAACAGAAUAUAAACUGGACGUCUCUUUAUUCGAACGCAUGAUUAACAAUGGAAUUCAAUGUGACUGCCUGGAGCUUCAGCACCGAAUGCGACCAGAGAUUGCAGAACUGAUAAAGCCCAUUUAUAAAAACUUGCGGAACCAUAGUGAUGUCCAAAACUACGAACCGAUCAGGGGAGUGGCUUCAAACAUGUUCUUCAUCACUCACAGCGAGCAUGAAGCUAAUGAUGAAGAUUUGAGAAGUCAUUCAAACGUUCACGAAGCUGAAUAUAUAGUUGAGCUUUGUAGGUACUUGAUCAAGCAGGGAUACGAAGCACAACAGAUCACUGUUCUUACUCUGUAUUCCGGUCAGCUGUUUUGCCUCAAAGGUCUUAUGCCUAAAAGCGAAUUUGAAGGUGUCAAACUCACAGUUGUUGACAACUACCAGGGCGAGGAGAACGAUAUCGUUCUCUUAUCACUAGUAAGAAGCAACAAUGAUGACUCAAUCGGUUUUCUUAAGACGGACAACAGGGUCUGUGUUGCUCUUUCAAGGGCAAAGAAGGGCUUCUAUGUCAUUGGCAACUUCGAAUUGCUACAAAGACGAUCAAAACUGUGGAGUGAAAUCGUAAUUGACAUGAAACAGAAAAAGAGAUUUGGAGAAGGCCUUUUACUGCAGUGUCAAAAUCAUCCUGAUGAAAAACCAUUAGAAGCAAAAAUUGCUCGCGACUUUGCUAAAGCUCCCGAGGGAGGAUGCAAUAAACGAUGCGGGCAGCGGCUUGACUGUGGACAUCUUUGUGAACGAUUCUGUCAUCCUCUUGAUCAGGAUCAUAAGGGAGAAACAAGCAGAUGUAGAAAACGUUGCAAUAAGAUUAUAUGCGGCAACAAACACAAGUGCCCACUACGAUGUGGCCAGAAGUGUGAGUCUUGUAAAGAGGAAGUGGAGAAAAUAAUACCAAGAUGUGGGCACGUUCAGAAAGUGCAAUGUUCUAUCCCUCCAGCCGACUUCACGUGUCUAAAAGCUUGUCAAUCUAUAUUGCCUUGUGGACAUAAAUGCCAGUCGAAGUGCGGCAUGGCGCAUACACAGGACUGCGGGAUAAAAGUCGAGAAGACAUGGCCAUGCGGCCAUAAAGCGCAGAUAAAAUGUCACCAGGAAGAUACAGCCAUUUGCCCUGCUGCAUGUGAUGGAGCUUUGAGCUGUGACCACCGAUGUCGAGGAACAUGUGGGCAGUGCUUUCAAGGCAGAUUGCACGUUCCAUGUCAGAAUGAGUGUAUGAGAAUUUUGGUAUGCGGACAUGAAUGCCAGGACAGAUGUAGCCAAUGCCCACCCUGUAAAAGACCUUGUGAGAACCAAUGCCAACAUAGUAAAUGCCCUCGGAGAUGUGGCGAAUUAUGUGCACCGUGUAGAGAACCAUGUACAUGGAGAUGUGAACACUAUAAAUGUACGAACAUCUGCAGUGAGCCAUGCGAUCGCCCUCCGUGUGACAAAGCAUGCAGGAAACGACUAGCCUGUGGUCACCCCUGCAUUGGGCUAUGUGGGGAACCAUGCCCGACGGACUGUAGGGUUUGCGAUAAGCAGAAAGUUACCGAAAUUUUUUUCGGAGAUGAAGACGAAGAAGACGCUAGGUUUGUUUUACUUCAAGACUGUAGAAUGCGUUGUAUUUUCGAAGUGAAUGGGAUGGAUACAUACAUGGAAACAAAAGUCGAUGAAAAGGGAGAAAUAAAACUGAAGGAUUGUCCAAAAUGCCGCACUCCGAUAAGAAGAACAGUUCGGUACAGGUCGACCAUCAAUCAAACACUAACGGAUAUUGAACAAGUUAAAAGUCGUGUCCUUGUAAAUAAAACAAGAUUGCGAAAGCUAAGAGAAGACAUAAGGCAAACGUUGGAGGAGAUUGAAGACGAGCGAAAUAAAUUGAUUUUAAGGAGAAGAAUGGAAAAAGCUUACGACGAGCAAGCAGAAAAUGCAUUGGCCGCUCUUUUGAAUCAGUCGCGCUUUUUGUCACAAAUUGGCAAGCAAAAGUCAAACUGGGCGAAACUGAAAGGACUGGCUUACAAAGGCGAACGAGAGAAGGCUUUCCUACACAUAGGACGGGUGGUGGACUGGAUAAUGUCAGAACGAUCGCUUAUGACUGCACAGGAGACGGAAGAUGCAGAACUAGAGUUUGAUCGUUUACGGGCGCAGUUGAAACUUCUGAUGUUUCAAAUGCGUGCAAAUGAAAAACGUAUUCAGUUAGAUAAUACAUUGAAAGCAAAGAUUCGUGACGCCGAAAAGACCUUAAACGGAACCGACAAAUUUAAAGGUGAUGUAAAGGCCAAAGUUGAGGACUGUUUAAGGGCUUUACAGAACAUAAUACCAACAACAGAGCUUGGGAUUUCAGAAGAAGAGAGGAUAAUGAUUGUAAAAGCAAUGGAGCUCCAAAAAGGACACUGGUUUAAAUGUCGAAAAGGUCACGUGUAUGCCAUAGGUGACUGUGGGGGCGCUACGAUGGAGAGUCGCUGUCCCGAGUGUAAUUCCCGGAUAGGUGGUGCCGACCAUCGCCUUCGGGCGGACAACGUUCUGGCGACGGAAAUGGAUGGGGCCGACCACGCUGCCUGGUCUGAACAAGCCAAUAUGGUGAACUAUGGGUUUGAUGCCAGAUUUUAAGAUGUUCUGGAUAAAGUGAAAUAUUUGGUUUAUGAAAGCGUUUACUCGCUGAACCUUAAGAGGCAGUACUUCGAAUGUUUUGAACGAUACGAUAAAUAUUGAAUGGCUGCUUUUAAAGAAAAGUAUAAAUGAGUGUAUACGAAUACAUGUUUGUAUGUACAUUAUACAUACAUGUACUGCUUUUAUGGUGUUUUUUUUUACAUUUGAUUAUGAAUCAUAUUUUAUGUGUAAUAUAUUUAAUGUACUAAAAUGCCAUAGUUACAUGCACAUGUUAAAUGACUGAAAUAUUGUGCUUGAUAUGUGUACAUCCCGUUUUAGCUUCUAAUAUCUGCCUUUUACAUGUUAAAGACCUUUCCGUUACCCUAUUUGUUGUUAUUUUAUUUGUCUAGGAAAAAUGUAGAACAUUUGUAUGCAAUUGAACUAUAACAUAGACAUUACAUAACACAUGCGAAGUUAUGGCAUUAUGUUCGUUUAAAUUAUCUUAGUUGGCUUUAAUAUAUAUACAUAUUUUUAUUAAUGAAAAUUGCUGUAUUAGGGUUGUCUUUAAAUAGGGAUUAAAUAAAUUAUUUAAAUACUGAUUGAAUUGAAAAUUCAAAAAUAAUUACUACAUCAGUAUUUACCAUGAUCCUUUUUUCAGGAAAAUUUGAAAAUGUCAUGGCUGAACAUACAAAAUUAAAACUUUGUUUAGACAGUUGAAAAAGAGUUAUUUUAUUUGUAUAUUUAUAACUAAUUAAUACGGUUUAUAUAAUUGAUAUGAUUAAUAUAAUAUUUAACAUUGAAAUGAUAUUCAUCAAUAAUGAAAUAUAUGUUUACUUAUCUAUUUUACACAACAUUAAAUUGGAUGAUAGCAAGACAAACCAAUGAUUUUUUUUCUGCUAGGUAAUGAAUGCGUUAAUUAUCUUAUUAAAUUGAAUAAAUUGUAAAGUAUGAUAUAUUAGAAAUGUUAUCAGUGUACGUAAACAUAUAUGUAUAAUUCAUUGUAAGCAGUAAACGGUUCUUUUGAUGGUAGAUACCUAUCAUUUGGGUAUAUUUUGUUUUGAUUUCGCGGAUUUUGUUCGGUUUCUAAUUUGAUUGGACAGUUAGUUAAGUCAUUUUAAUAAAAUUUAUCGAGUAAAAUUAUUUCAAUAUUCGGAAAUAUUUGGUUAAUUGUUGUUUUUUAGUGUAACGCAUGUUUUAAGUAUAUGCUUUAUUUUAUGCCUGUUUAUAAUGCAUUGUUUAAUAUAAAAAAUGCAGAUCCAUAUAUUGAAACUGUAAUCUGUUGCGCGAUCUUAUUUGUUUGAUUCUUUUCUCCCUAAGAAAUCUGCACAUGUAUACUGACUUUCUGUAUUGUGCACAUAAUAGAGAUUUUGCGAAUUUUGUCUAGUUUUUAAUCUCAUUAAUAAUGUUUUAAUAACAUCUUUUUAAAUCAUUUUGAUUACAAUUAGCAAGUAACUAUUUUCAGUAUAUAGAAAUAUUCAGUUAAUUACGGUUAUUUUUUUCAGUCAAUGACAUGCUUUAUUUGUAUGCUUAUUUUAUGCCUGUUUAUAAUGACUUUAUUGUUUUUUGUUGUUGUUCUUUAAAAGUUGGAGAUAUAUAUACCUGUACUGAAACUUUUAUUUAUCUUUAUUUGUUUGAUUUUUUUCUCCCAAUAAAACUAUAUGUACAUGCAUA